AUGGCUUUCAGGCAACUGCGCAGCGUGCGCGCCCUCCACACGACUCCUCUCGCGCGCCAGUCAGCUGCCGAGAUUACCUCCGACUUCCUCGCCCGUCUCACCGCCGACUCGAACGGCCGGAACGCCGGUCAGUCGCAGGCCAACACGGCUGCGCGCGGCAUGAUCGGCUCGGUUGGGUUGCGGCACAGCGCGAGCGAGGACGGCCGUAGGCAGUUCCGUCCUAACGAGUUUGCCGAGCCUCAUGUCUUCAAGGAGUCCGACCUCUACCCGACGCAGAAGCCGCGCCCCAAGGCUCCUCUCCUCGGCCCGUCGAAGCGCGUCGCCAAGCAGAUUGACCCCUUCUUCAUCCGCAAGUCCAACGCGCUCGACCACUCCGUCAACCCCCUCAUGAGCAUGGCGUUCAUCGACUCGUUCGGCCGUAUCAAGGGCCGCAAUGAGACCGGCCUCACCUGGCGCUCGCAGAAGAUGGUCGGCAAGAUGGUGCGCCGUGCGCGUGCGAUGGGUGUCAUCCCUCACUGGGCCAACCGCCCAGCACCUGGCGGACUGGGAGAGCGCGACUUUAACCGCUUCAGGGGCUCGAGGAACUAG